AUGCGCAGUGAGAAUGAUCAUUCGAACAUUUUCAAGGAUUCCGGCGAUCUUCGAUUUGGCAUAUUUUACCCGAUCAUCUGCAUAAUCUGCGCCCUCGUGCUUGUUCGGCGUAUCAGAGGUCGACAACGAACAAAAUACAUGCUACCUAGGGGGCAAAUGGGCACGCCAUCUGAGAAACAUGGUGGCGAACAGUCACCUGGUCCAUCAAUCCCGGACCCCUUCUACUCUACGCAUGCCACUCACCACCGUGCGCCGCUCCCUUCUGCCUGUGAUAUCCUGCGGCCUUUAUCCCACUUUUCGCCGUUGCCUUCGAGUGGCUACCUGGCCGCUGCCUUGAACAAAGAACGAAGAAGCAGGAUGGAACAAGAUUCUCAGCUUGAGAAUGGAUGCUUGCAACCAACGAACUCCGAUUGCACUACUACUGAGGACUCUGCAUUAGUGGCAGAGCGAACGGACCCCAAUCCGUCGUCUGGGACUGAAGGCUCCCCCACGGAGACUGAUGAUUCGUCCCAAGCUACAUCUCUCUCAACUAGGCAGAGUGCAGAUGUGGCUGAUCGGGAACAUUCCAGUUCUCUGGACCCCGGUGAAGCUCGGUCGGUCCAGAGGCGUAGCGAACAUGUUGAGUUCUUACGCGAUGUGGACGAAGAAGGCGCGCGAACAUGGAGACGGUGGGUGGUUGAGUACAGCUAA